UCUCCAUCGUCGUUCGUCAAUAAAUUCACAAAUCGUUGACGUCAACUCACAUUGCUUCCUCAACAUAUAUAUACUUCAAAUUCAUAUUAUGCAAAUUUAAUUAAUAACAAACACGAAUUGCAAUUCUUAUAGUAACAGUAUGGAAUACAAAACCUUUGAACUCAACCUCACAUCAGCAAAAGAUCUCAAAAACGUUAAUCUCUUCGCCAAAAUGGAAGUUUACGCCGUCGUUUCAAUCUCCGGCGAUCCCCUCCACACUCAAAACACCAAAACCCCCAUCGACAAAGAAUCUGGUACUAACCCCGCUUGGAAUUUCCCCGUUAAACUUACUUUCAACGAAACCCUCGCUCGCCAGAAUCGUUUGACCCUCGAAAUCAACCUCCGCUGUGCGCGUAACCUCGCCGCCGAUAAAGACAUCGGUAGCGUCCAGAUUCCCCUCAGAGAGCUACAAAACCAUACCGGCGACGGAAAAUCGUUCCAACAUGUUAGUUACCAAGUUAGAAAACCAUCGGGAAAACCAAAAGGUGCUUUCAAUUUCUCAUACAAAUUCACUGCGCCGGUGAAAUCCAAGGCGGAACAUGUUACGGCUUAUCCUGCUCCGGUGUUGGGGUCCACUUCUGCACAUUACACUGCUCCGCCGCAAUAUCCGGCAGGAUAUGGAUAUCCACCGUCAUACGGUGGGUAUCAACAGCCUCAAGCGGGUUACGGAUACCCGCAACAUUUUGGUUAUGGUUACCCGGCACAAAACGGUUACCGGUACCCGGGUGUUCCGAUUCAGAAAGCGUGAAAGAAUAAUUUAGGAAUGGGAUUGGGAGCUGGAUUGCUUGGAGGAGAUUAUUAAUUUUUUGUUUUGUAUGUACUUUGCUCAAGUUAAUUUUAACACCGCUGUAAAACUAGGGUUUCAUUUAUAUAUACAAUUAUGAGUGGAAAUAAUUUUUAUAGUAUCAA